AUGGUUCGAGUAGAGCUUACUGGAAUGCGACGGAUACUUACCGUAUUGAUUCUACUUUAUUCUGCAACGUCAGCGUCAGUUAUUCGAAGAUCUCCUCUAAUUCCGACGGCGAGCCGGCAAAACCAAGUUAAAGUUCCGAAAUUUAACGCCGAUGCCAAGUUUGUGGCUUGUAGUGAUGCGGACAAGGGCUCUCGCACAAAAUCGAACACCUACGAGUCGGAAUGCCAGGCCGGAAGGUUGAUUUUUCAGGACGGUAUGGCAAGCGUCGAGUGGCUUGGUUCCAAAAAUUACUCCACACAUUUGAACGUGAAAGAUAGAGGGAUGGAACUGAGCGAGUUGAUCCAGUUUAAGGGCGAAUAUUUGGCGCCGGAUGACAAGACGGGAAUUGUUUAUAAGCUGAAAAACGACGCCGCAGUUCCCUGGGUAUAUCUUGGAGAUGGGGAUGGGCAGAGUGAACACGCCUUCAAAACCGAGUGGAUGACCGUCAAAGGAAACGCGAUUUAUGCGGGAUCACAUGGCACAGAGUGGCUAAAUGACGAUGGAAGCAUUAAGAAUUAUAAUCGCAUGUUUGUAAAGAAAAUCACCACCUACGGUAACGUCUUCCACUUGAAUUGGACCGAAAACUACCAGAAAUUGAGGAGCAAGUUGGAGAUCGACUAUCCUGGCUACGUCAUCCACGAGGCUGUGCUUUGGAGCGAGGUUCACAAACGAUGGUUUUUCCUGCCCAGGCAGGUAUCCCGAGCUCCAGUGAUGAAAAAUAGCUUUGACAACAUGCAGGGCUCCAAUCUCCUACUCACCACAUCGGACUGCUUCUGCGAUAUCACCAUCACCGAGAUUGGGCCGUUGAAGUUGGAGCUCGGCACCAAUGACAACCUCAUCGUGGCGAUAAAGACGUUUGAACGGGCCGGGUACCCGUCGACUUCAUUUUUAAUGCUGUUCGACAUCCACGGCCAACUCUUCCUUGACUCGGUCGUCGACAACCUCCUCCCGGCAGCCAUGCCAUUUUUGUUGACAAUAUAUAAGGAUAAGGAUGAAGCCGAUAAAGCCUGGGAGUUCCUGGUCUCCAGCCGCAUCUACGGACUAGCUGUUGGCUGCUUUCUCUCCGUCCUCUUCUCGAAUCGGUUUGGGAGACGAACCCCAAUCUUGAUCGGUACGCUGCUCGACAUCUUCGGGGUUGUACUGUCAGCACUGACUGUUUACCUCCCUGGAGGCGUCACGGCAGCAGUAGUUGGGCGAUUCAUCAACGGGAUUGGUCAAGGGAUUGUGCAGACCUCCGGCUCGGUGAUGCUGGCCGAGAUCCCGCCGCUCCGAAAGCGAGGCACAGCUUUGGCAACCUUGACAAUGUGGGCGUGCAUGGGAGAGCUCGGAGGGAUGCUGAUAUCACUCGAAGAACUACUCGGAACUUCUCAACACUGGCAUCUGGCCAUGGCUGUACCUCUCCUACCCCUCAUCCCAGCUUUGUAUAUUUUGUAUCGUGCCCCGGAGUCGCCGAGGUACCUCUUCAUGCUCAACCGAGAAAUUGAGGCUCGAAAAGCGUUGAGUUACUACCAAAAUUCGUCAGAGGCCCGGCAGACGGUCGACGAGAUUUUUGAAGAGAUGAAAUUGGAAGACAUCGACUUCAACGCCAACAACGCGAAGAUGAAAAUGGCCAGGGAGCCAGGGGCCACCCAAAUUUUCCAGCGCCUAAAAGAUGGUUAUUUUGCGAGGCCGCUCCUGAUUGCCCUCUUCGUGCAGUCGUUUGUGCAUUUGGAUGAUUGGCUCUGGAUCUCCUACUCGACGCAAAUUUUCGAAAAUGUUGGCCUAACAGCGAAUCGGGCACAGAGAGCUUCCUUGUUGAUGUCGUUGCCUCAGGCCAUCAUCUCCCCUAGCCUUACUCGGCUUGUCGUUUUUGGGAUGUUGGCCAUAUUCUUCACGACAUUUGAGAAAGCCCUACUCCACGGCAUUCCCAUCGCCAUCAUCCUGCCCGUGUUGGCCGCAUUUGACCUUUCGGCUGCAGCGAUAUCCGGCGAAAGCGCUUUCGCCAUUGUCCCUGAGCUUUUCCUGCAUAAUGACAAGAUUCUGGGCACGGCGAUUGUUGGCAUUGCACAGAACGUAUUCGGCGGCAUUCUGACGAACUGCUUGCUGACGGCGGUGAACCACCUCGGUACUGGGAACGUGUUGGUGCCGUUCGUGGGGAUGAACGUGGUCUACGUUGUCGUCAAUUAUUGGUACUUGCCGGAGACGGCUGAGAAGACGCCACAGGAAGUGUCCAUCCACUUCUCAGCCGAUCCCCCUCUCCAGGGCACCAUCACCUACAUGUCGCGAAAACUCGGCGACCUCUACCACUUUUUCGUCCCGGCCAAGCUGUUCAGCUUCGCCAAUAUUCUGAAUAUUCUAAUUUUCGUUGCCCAAGUGGCGUUCUGCGUGAUUUUCAUGAAUGUAUUUUACGGGGUCGGGGUCCAGAUUUUCCGCUUACUGGUCCAU